AGCAGCUGCCAGGUUCGAAGUUAGCGAAGGUGUGCUUCAUGGACUACGGCAGCGUGUUAGUCGUGCCGGUGGAGACGCUGCGGAAGAUGCUGCCGGAGUUCGCGCGCGCGCCGGCGAUGGCCAGCCACCUCGACAUUACAGAUUUUCCCGAGAAACCAACUUCGGAACAAAUAGAUUGGGCUAUGAAGCACAUGAAGAUGAAAGAAGGUCGAGGCGAGCUGAUUGUCACCAAGUGUGAGAUGAAAGAACCUGGUCUGUACACCGUAGAAGCGCCGGGACUGUUAAGCGCCAUGGGGGUCUAAUUAUUGCUUAAUAACUCUGUAAUUAAUCCCGUUUUACCAUCAAUCCCUAAUUCUUAAGUGACCCAUGUGAAAACAAAAUUCCUGUUACCAUAGGGGUCACUUAAAAAUUAAGGAUUGAUGGUGAAAACGGGUAUAAUUGUUGCAACAACUCGGUAUUGAAUCGCCAAUUUUUUGUAGGUAAGAGCUCUUUCAGAUGAGACGUUUUGAGAGCGACGUUUGUCCGCACACUGAAAAUUAUAUUACAACUGCGUUGGAAUAAAAACAGUUACCAACAGAGUGUGCGGCCUCGCAAACGCACUACAAACGUCCGUCUCAAAACGUCUAAGUGUAGGCGCACACCGUUGAUUUUUCGUCGGCCGAUAGUUUAGUCGGGCAGUUGAUCAGUAUGGGCAUGUAUGGGAGUGCGCACACUACGCCGAUUCGAUUUGGCCGAUUCUUCAUACAAAUUAAAAUCGGGCACAACUAUCGUCCAACUAAAAAUCAACGGUGUGCGCCUACUCUAAGGGCCCUCGCCCACGGCGACUUUUUGUAGCGAUGCAGUCGCGCUGCUGUGUUGGCAUCACUUCUGUAGUGCGUUGCAAAUGCGUCUAACGCGCUUUAGUAGCGAUGAAAAAGUUGCCGUGGGCGAGGGCUCUAAUUUGAAAGAGCUCUUAGGGUUAUAACACACAUGAGCGGGCUGGCAUCGAUCGGCAAACGGGGUAAUAAGUUCUUUAAUAAAUAAAUAAAUAUUUUUGGACAAUUUCACACAGCGGCAUCUAGUCCCAAAGUAAGCGACUAAUAUGCUCGUGUUAUGGGUGCUAGCAAUAUUUUUUUUCUUUCUAUCUUUUCAAAUUUUCUUUAUUUGUUUAGACUAUUAAAUAGUGCUUACAAAUCGUAAAAAUAAAAAUAAAAUUACUUAAAGGUAAUGCAAUGUCUCUGGACAUUCAGCAUUAAGUAUAUUAUUAGUUGUUUUUUUUGUGGUCCUGGUCCAGUGACAAAAUAAAGGACAGAUUCAGGUAAUAUGUCCUUGUCUUGAAUUUUUGCUGUUUUUGACGUUUCGGCGUUUUUCUUUUGAGUCUUGAGAUUAUAACUCUCGGUUUUUCAUUAUUUUUUUCCUUGACUAUCAUGGUGCAACCUCUCUGGAUACGUUCCAGAGUGAGUCAGAUAAAAUUCUGAGAGUUUUGGUGAAAUCUACGAUAUUUCUAGGUUUUAUUUUAACUAAAGUUGAAAGAUAAAUAAUUUUAUUCAUAAAUAAAAGCGUGUCCGUGAGCCGAAGAGUAUUUCUUCGCUGGAUAGUAAUGCUUGGUCAGCGUUUAUAUAUUCCGAAUUUUUCGCUAAUGUAUUUUUUUCGGGUCGGCUUUGCUUAUAAGAGUGUGCUUGCUCUGAGCACAGCUUCUCAAAAUAGGACUCGAGUUUGAAAAUAACCACACCCUACACAGCACUGGCCCAUUUAUUGACCCGAAGCAGUGGUAGGGUUAUUAAUGGUGCUUUUUAAAAGCAAACCUCCAAAAAUUUAAUUAGUUUUUUACGAGUUUCUCAUUUCUUUCAAUUUAUUUUCGAUACCCUCACGACGUCCUUACGAGUGGGACGCCGCGAUGGGUCACGGGAAGCCCUGGCCUAACCGACAAUGUCGGCCCGCUUAUGUGUGUAACAACCUUUAAAGAACGAACUUCAAAUCUCGAUACAUACAUAUUUUAGCGUAGAUUAAGGUUUUCGAUUGGUUGAAUUUCAAUAAUUAGACCAAUCAAAAGGCAGAAUCUAUCUGACUGGCUGAAAUUGAAUCUAGAUUUUAAGCUUUGAUUAUCGGUACUAUAUCCGCCAGUUACCGAUUUUCUAGCAUCAAGAAGUUACGCGUUGCCGAUUCGAUACUGAGUUGAUGAGUGUCAAAAUGCCAUACCACCAGAUAGCAUAUUAUGAACUUGCCUUUUUUCUAUUACAUCAUAACGUUCCAAACGCUUCAAAACUAAAAACAUAAACUUCUUUAUUUUCAAUGGUAACACUAGCAUUAGUUUAUUUUAGUGGCAACAUUUCC